AGAGCGGAGGCGACAGGGAAUUGGCGGGUCCCGAGCCCGCUGCCACCGGCCACCGCGGGCCAGCCGGGCUGCGUGCGGCGGAGUUGCAGCGCUUCUUAGCUCGCUGAAGCCCCAGAAGACCCCUGCCUCCUGCGAGCCGAACAAACUGAGCCUUCUCUGAUUUCAACAGUGGAACACAACGUCAGAGCUGGGAAGAGGCCAAGAAAGAAGAGAGCAUCUCAGCGUAGCAGCCCUUGAACGGAAUCUAUCCCAGAACUUAGAAAUACUUUCUUGGACAACCGUUUCUCCAAGGAGGACGAAGCCCCCGGGACCCAUGUGACCACCCCUGAAGAAGUGACUGCCCCAGCUGGCCAUCCCAGCUCCCACCAUGGGCCCUGCAGGAAGCGCACUGGGCAGUGGCCACAUGCAGAUGCAGAUGGUUCUAUGGGGAAGUCUGGCUGCUGUGGCCAUGUUCUUCCUCAUCACCUUCCUCAUCUUUCUGUGCUCCAGUUGUGACAGAGAGAAGAAGCCCAGGCAGCACACCGGGGACCAUGAGAACCUCAUGACUGUGCCUUCCGACAAGGAGAUGUUCAGCCACUCGGCGACCAGCCUGACGACAGACGCGCUGGCCAGCAGCGAGCAGAAUGGCAUGCUCACCAACGGCGACAUUCUUUCAGAAGACAGCACCAUGACCUGCAUGCAGCAUUACGAGGAAGUCCAGACCUCGGCUUCCGAUCUGCUGGACUCCCAGGACAGCACGGGGAAGCCCAAGUGUCAUCAGAGCCGGGAGCUGCCCAGGAUCCCGCCGGAGAACGCUGUGGACGCCAUGCUCACAGCCAGGGCUGCGGAUGGGGACUCGGGGCCCGGUGUGGAGGGGCCCUACGAGGUGCUCAAGGAUAGCUCCUCCCAGGAGAACAUGGUGGAGGACUGCCUGUAUGAAACCGUGAAGGAAAUCAAGGAGGUGGCCGACAAAGGCCAGGGCGGCAAGCCCAAGUCCACAUCCACCUUGAAGGAGCUUCAGGGGCCCCGCGCGGAACGCAAGGCUGACUUCGCUGAAUAUGCCUCUGUGGACAGGAACAAAAAGUGCCGACAGAGCAUGAACGCCGAAAGCAUUCUGGGAACUUCCAGUGAUCUGGACGAGGAAGACCCGCCCCCUGUCCCGGUUAAACUUCUGGAUGAGAAUGCAAACCUUCCAGAGAAGGGAGAGCGAGAGGCAGAAGAACAAGCUCCGGAGGGGACCAGUGAACACAGCAAGAGAUUUAGUUCCUUGUCAUACAAGUCUCGGGAAGAAGACCCAACUCUUACAGAAGAGGAGAUCUCCGCGAUGUAUUCCUCAGUCAAUAAACCUGGACAGUCGGCGCACAAAACCGGCCCGUCUCUGAAAGGGCCAGAGUCUCCCUGCCACUCCAUGCAGGGACUGCCUCAGAGGUCACCGUCUUCCUGUAAUGACCUCUAUGCCACCGUCAAAGACUUCGAGAAAACUCCGAGCAGCACCAGCACACUCCCUCCAGCAAGGAGGCCUGGCGAGGAGCCAGAGCCUGACUAUGAAGCCAUACAGACUCUAAACCGAGAGGAUGAGAAGCUCCCUCUGGAGACCAACGGCCACCUUGUCCCCAAGGAGAAUGACUACGAGAGCAUCGGAGACUUGCAGCAAUGCAGGGAUAUCACCAGGCUCUAGCAACCCAGGAAGCAGCCUCAAGGAGCCAGUGAUUGGCGCCCAGGACAGCUCUGCUGCGGAGGAUACAAGGAUACGAAGGGACUCGAGUCUCACACUGCUUCAGUUUACUGAGGUCCAGUGCAGAUUCAUAGCUGUUUCCCAGUUUCCGAAACAGUAAGGUACGGGGGGGGGGGGGGGGGGAGGGGCAGCCUGCCUGUUUGCCAGGGCGCUCAUAGGAUGACCUCCACAUCCCACAGACAAGGCAGGCUGUGAGGGGAAACUCCAGCCCACCCCACACCCAGGCCCGCCUGCCUGGGAAGAGCCUGGGGUUUCUUCCCUACUCUACUUCCCUCUGUCUGCUCCUAGUGUUGAGAUACUGGCAUUUCAUCCCUUAAGACCUCCCUCCCCGCCUGUGGCUCAUCCCAAGGAUGUUCUCCCCAAAGGACCUUCCCUGUUGCACCCUGGGAGUCUGGACAGUGCAGGCUACUCCGUUUGGGGUGGGGUGUCCCUGGUGUCUCUGGGGUCUUCCCUCCUUAUUUGAACACUCUAUCUGUAGUCUUUCACACGGUACAUGAGGUCAGUUUGGAUAUUCUUUCUUUUAUUUCUUUCUGUUCAAAACUUUCCCCUACAGAGUUUGAAUUCUUAGUAACUCCUGCGGUACUUCUGUGGUUGUUUAAACUCGGCGCUCCUCCUUCCAGACAGAGCCUUAAUGUUGGUGUUGGGACCCAGACCACGUGUGUGGACGGCAGCCAUGGCAUCUGUCCCCAAAGGGCUGCAGACCUGCAUUUGUGUUUCCAGUGAUCUUGCUGCCCACACGUGUGACUUUCCUGUUAUCUGGUGGUAAUCUGAGUAAAAUGUAAACAUUUAUUUUAUUAUAUAAAUUUAUAAGAUGUUUUAUGUUUAAUGUCUAAUUUCUAGAAAGUGCCAGAAAUAUAUAUAACUAUUUUGAUUUUAUGUACAAUGAUUUAUACUCUCAUUUUGAAAAGAUUCCAUAAAGCACAUAAGCUAGAUAAUUAUGAGCAGGUUUUAUUCUUUUCUCUAAUAAUUAAUAGAACAUUAAAGAUUUGUAAAGACUCACCUUUUCAAAUGGUACUGGGAGCUCCAGACACUGAGACCACUGGCAGCAAAAAUACAAUAGGUAUAAAUAACUAUGUCACUGCUGAAAUGCUCAAUGUUAAGAAUAGAACGAAAUCUGACUUAGGAAUUUUGAACUUCCUCAAAGUACCGGACUUUGCCUAAAGUCUGAUGACAUCUCCGGGAACAUCAGCAGUAGUGUCCACAAUGCAGUAGCUGCCAGUGCAAAUUGCCUGCUUUCUUCUUCAUUUAGCAAAACUCAAAGGCUCAAGUAGCUCAAAUUAAAAGUUCAGCCCGGUUUGAAUUUCAUCAUCUCUCUAGAUCUUCCAAGGCCAACACUGGAAACCAGGUUUACUUUUUGUUCUGAUAGGAGCCUAGCUUAAAUGUAGGAAGCCUUCCUACACUGAUGUCAACAAAGAGAGAGGCCUUCACCCCCUCCUGCCGUGACAGUGACAGCGGACUCUAAUCGUGCUGUUUUCUCUCCUUGUGACCAAGAGUGUGACUAGAGAGGGUCACGUGACCAGCUCUGUGGCCUGUGUUUCCAUCCUUGUAUUCAUGAACUGGCUUUGUUGAUGCUGGUAUCAUGCUUAUGGAAUUGUAAACUCUCUCAGGCGGUGUUGCCAUCUGCCUCAUCAUCGAUGAAAUACCGAAAAGAUACCCAUGGCCACUGCUGGUCAGACGGGUAACAGUGGGGUAGCCCUGGAACUCCAGGAGCAGCAGAUGGCUCUUUUGCAAACCCUGAUUUUCACCACUGUCUAUUGAGUUGGACCCAACCACCUCUCGGGUCACAGGGGUCACAGGGCACUACCCAUGCCACAGGGCACUCCUGACCUUGUUCCCGCCACAGCACCAUUCUGCACAGGCAUCUGACAGCUCAGAAGUUUGAUGGUUUUAUAAAGAAUCUUAAUCUAGCAGGGAAGCUGGUGUGACUUCUGAAGAGUAAAUCUUUCUUUAGAGGAAUGUUCAUUCUAAAUAAUCAUACCAUCUUGAAAUCUCAUCAUCACGAUGUCCCCAGAGUUUUCAAAUACAGCAUGCAACACAGUCAUAAAAUGUGCACUGAAUUGCUGUCCUGGUUUGAAAACCAGUUGUAAAAAUAAGUUGUGAAUAUUUACCAGACGAUAUCUUGAGUAUUUUUUACAAGGAACCGUAAGGGCCUCGAACAUAAAUUUCAAAAGAAUAAGCAAUAGUGAGGGAGGAGUGGCCAAGGGAAGCAGCUUUGCUCAGUGGAACUUCAGGUACAUAAUUAUUGUGUAUUUAUUGCUGUGUGGUCACUGCUGGACUUGAGUUACCAGGCUUUUGUCUUGUUGCAAGUUUUUACUCUUUCACUUGGCUCAAAAUCUGUGUUUCUAUCUUUUAGCUGAACAGAGCCCAUAGUUUGUUUUAAAGCCUUAACCUAAAGUUUAAGUUACAGAGUCUAAGUGUGUGGAUCAUCAGAAAAGGAGUCAUCAAAAGCAGGUUGCCCUGUAGACGGAAACACUCAACCACAGUGAGCAUCUGAUUACACCUAUGUGAGCCUAUCCACAAAGAAAAAAUAAAUUACAAGUUCUCUCUUUAAGUCAGAAUUAUAAAUCUGUCUAGAUUAGAAGUAGGUUUUUUUUGUUUGUUUGUUUAAAUGCUUUCAAAAGUUUGAAAGCAUUUUACUCUGUUUCACAUACUUCCCAAAUGUAAAUCCUGAAAAUUAGAGACUAUAUUAUGUGAAAUGUUUAAGAAAUUCUGAAAGUCAUCUUUAUAAAUAUGUUGGCCACAUAUUUUUGACUUGUCCUUAUCUAAACCACAUCAUUUAGUCUGUCAACGUUCUAAAUAAUACCAAUACUCUUUGUGAGAAAAAGUUUACUGGUUGUCCUACGUUAAAUUCAACAGAAUUAGACCCUCCCACAGUAAAUCCUAGUUGAAUGCUAAAAUAGCAACAGGCACUCCACACAGGGAACUAACAUUCCACCCAGCAUGCCAGAGCACUUCUCUUACUUGAUUUUCACAUAGGUAAUUAAAACAUCCCCUCCCUUCACCAGUGACAAACUACAUGUAUCCUCACAUGGGUAUGUCUGUCUUAUGAGUUCUGGCCCUGGCACUAAUCAGACUGUGUUCUGUUACAUUAUUUGGAAAGGUUAUCCUCCUAGUGUGAUGAACUUGUGUCCUACCAGCAGAAUUAAAAGAAACCACUCUCCAACAGUUUCAUUUGGUAAUUAUGGGAUGCCUUCUUGAGCUGCCUUCAUUUAGUUUUCCUAAUGAGUACAUUCAGAUUUUAAAUUGUGUUCAUAGUUCUCCCAGUUGGAAAACAAUGCUGUCUGAGGCUGGCUUUGUUACGCAUACUCGGCUGAGAGAAGGAUUGUAAACAGGUGUAGUGUUCAUUACAUGUCAAGGAAGAGAUUUUGCCAAAAGCAACAAAAGAGAAACCCUGAGCCAGACUGGCAGGCAGGGUGGCCUCCCAGGUAGCAGAAGCCAGUUAUCACAUGGGGAGGACCUAUUAUAGUUCUUGUUGAACCCGUACAUUGCCAGCAGGACCAGUGGAUGAUUAUGGAAUAUGGAUGUACAAAGCCUGUCUUGUGCCAAUGCAGUGGCUGAUUCCAGACCGAAGCAGGAUUUUGUAAUGGGUGAAUGAAGCAGGAUUUUGUUCCUUGUGAUGGCAAAUAGGAACCCCUGUGAUCUGGGGUGCCAGUCUUCUGAAAGUGUUGGUUUCUGGUACCCAGACAGCUUAGAAUUGGCUGUGGAAGUCAGAGUCUGUUUUGAGGCCUCUUCCCUGGAGCCCCUGACAUGUGUGUUACCCUGUGCCAAGGAAGCAUUGAAAGUGUAACGUUUGGUAUCACUGAGUGGCUGAUGUGGAACUAGGAACACGUAUGGACAGCAUAGAGCAGGGGUUUCUUUACAGUGGCGUCUGCACUCUGCUUGCCGGGGACUGUCUGUUCCUCAGUACAGAAUUCCUCACAGCAUCCAACAGGCUGAACACACCCACACUGCAAGUGCCUCGCCUAAAAUACAGAGCCCAGCAGAAAUGAGAAUCUGUAUCAGGAAGCAGGAAGCAAAAUGUUAGGUCAUGGUACAGAAGAGAAAGAAAAACGGCAUGGUUUUUUAAAUCCUGUUUUUACUCAUUUUUUGAGUCUUUCAAUUGUUUUUUUUACUUCUUACCCCUAAAUACUUGUAUUUUAUUGUUCUUCAAGUUCUUAUUUUAUUUAACUGAGAAAUAUUUGUUCAGACUCUUUAUGUCAGGUGAAAUUGGAAGUGUAAUUUUGUUUAAAAGGCAAUAUUAAAGAUCAUUCUAUUUACUAUUCAUAUAUCCCAAUACAUAUUUUUCCCUUGGAUUGUUACUGAUAUUCAACAGGCUUGUCUUGUUUAAGAUGUAGGAGCCAGGCAUGGUAGCCCAUGCCUGUAAUCCUAUGACUUGGGAGAGUGAGUGAGCAGGAAGGUCUUGAGUUCAAGGCUACCCCAGCUAUAAGGCUUUUUCUAAAUGUUCUGAUUAUCUCAAGUCACCUCAUAUGUGUUAUAAUGGGUAGGGACUCUCUCUCCUCAGACUUCUAUGUUAAACUGCCACAGGAAAAUACUGUCAUGUUGUCACCUUAAUAAUCAUGUUGUAAUUACAUGCCUUGUUUUCUGGGGGAGUUUGAAAUACAGCCAGAUAAAUAAAUAGGCUUUGUAGCUCUCAUUCAAGCACUUUCCUUGAUGAGGAUAGUUGAAUUAACAUGUCUCUUAGGUUCCAAACCAGUUUGAAGGUACUCCUCUUACUCAAGUGUGGCACAAAGUAAUUCAAGACACAAAGCAGGCACUAAUUGUCAUUGCAGAUCUUUGUAACUGUCUGAUCAUCCAAUUCAUGAAAGGGUAGAGAGUUCUUUUUCAAAAGUGAAAAUGCUUAAACUUUUGAAAGCAUUUAUGGUGUUUGUCUAGUAGAGGUGCUAUAUGAAAAAUGAAAAAAGGAAAAGAAAAGAAGAAAGAAAGAAAGAAAGAAAGAAAGAAAGAAAGAAAGAAAGAAAGAAAGAAAGAAGGAAAGAAUUAUAAAAUGCCUGGAGAGAUGAGUCUGGAACUGCAAUCAUUCUGUGUAUUUUUAGUACUUUUUAAAAAUGUGUCAAAUACACAUUUUACUCUGAAGGAGGACAAAAAGCAAAAUUUGAACUGAGUGUUGUGUGUCGCUUACUGACUGUUUCUCUCUCAAAAAUUUACCAUUCCUACUUCCCACUGGCCACUUAGAAUCUUUACCAUUACCUUAAAAUGGUUUUCCACCUUUCUAACGCUGGGACCCUUUAACGCAGUUGUGGUGACCCCCAACCGUAAUUGUUUUGUUCCUGCUUCAUAACUGUAAUUUUGCUACUGUUAUGAAUCAUAAUGUAAAUACCUGAUAUGUGACCCCCAAGGGGUCGCGACCCACACAUUGAGAACCACUGUCUUAAGGCGUAAAUGUAUAUAAAGGAGGACUUAACUCAAAGGUUAAACUUGUUAUUUAGAUAUUUUCUCUGUAACUCGAGAAUAAGCCAAGUUUGUGAAUAGCGUACUGUGGUCAUUAAAGCUGUAAUCUAUAAGCCAGGAGAAGCAGCCUUUCAAGUAGAUUUUUUUCUAAAGACUUUCACUGUUUCAGCUAGGAAGAUCAACUCCUGGAAUAAAAGAUGAACAAGAUUCCCAUAACCUUUCUAGCAGAAUAUAGAUCUGUCUGCUACUGUCCCAGAGUGUUUGUUCUUGCGUAUGGUGUAUCAACAAUUGUAUGGGUGGAGAGGGAAAAAAAAAAAAAAAAAAAAAAAGCACAUUUUUAAAAUUUCUUGCAAAAGUGAAUUAAUGUGUUCAAUGACAUCCUCCAGUUUUGUCUGACCAGAAUUAUGCGUUUUUGGAGACAGGAGCACAGGGCUGUGGUACCUGUUCCAUCAUCAGCUUUACCAUAUCACCUCAAGCAAAUGAUUGAACUUCCUUGUGCCUCAGUUUCUCCAUAUUACAAAAUGGGGAUAAUGAUAACCAACCAUUGCCUACCUCAUAGGGAUGUUUUGGGGACAAGUAAGAUAAUGUAAGUAUGAAUGCUUUGACCUCCUUGAAAGGUGCUAUAUAACUUGAGGUUGCAUUGUUUUUAAUGAUCCAGUUCAUUGUAUUUAGGAUUAGAUAAUAGCAAUACUUUUUGUCAUGUUUCGAUUUGACGUACAUUUCUACUCCUCUUCUAUGGCCAGACCACGAUUUUUUCAUUCAGUAACGGUACUUAAGGAACUGACACGGGUGUUUGUUUUCUGUCUCUGAUGGUAAUAAUGUCGACUCUGGAGUUUAAUUUGUGGCGGCUUCUAGUUUACACGUAAUGAACCUUACUCAAGCUGUAUUCUGAAAGUGUAAUUACUUGUAAAUAGCAGGUAUGUUGUAAUUAAAGGCACUUAUCAACUAGUCUUUGUUCUUUUUAAAUUGUAAUAAAGGUCAUUUUUAUAUGAAA